GGUGCUGGGCUCUCUUGUUUCCAUAGCCUUCUCUUUCACAGGCAAGUUGUCAAAGUCAGGGCUCUCAGGGACAUACCCAUUGCCUCUGGUAGAGCUACGAACUUGUCCCUGCCUACCUGGAAUAUCCUCAGGUUUGGGGUUUUAGGUUUGUUUUUAUUUUUCUUGCAGUCCUAGAUAUUACACCUAGGGACUUGCACAUGAUAGGCUAUGAUAGAAGGUGGUGCUUCAGACCCUCCCAAAAAGCACUUACAGGGAGCGGCCUCUGUGCCCACAAGGUCAGAUUUUAAGAGGAAGAAACAAAAGAAAAUCUUGAGCCAGCAGAUGUGGAAUGGCAACGGCAAACUCCGGCCCAGCUCACCUGUGCUCAAACCAAAUCAGAUGUCAUGGCACCCCCAGUACCGCAGCUCCAAGUUCCGUCAUGUCUACGGCAAGCCCGCCAGCAAAGAGAACUGCUACGACUCUGUGCCCAUCACACACAGCGUCCAUGACAACCACUUCUGUGCCGUGAACCCCCACUUCAUCGCUGUGGUCACUGAAUGUGCUGGUGGGGGCGCCUUCCUUGUCAUCCCCCUGCACCAGACGGGAAAGUUGGACCCUCACUACCCCAAGGUCUGUGGGCACAGAGGGAACGUCUUGGACAUCAAAUGGAAUCCUUUCAAUGACUUUGAGAUUGCCUCCUGUUCUGAAGAUGCCACGAUUAAGAUCUGGAACAUCCCCAAGCAGCUGUUGACAAGGAACCUCACAACCUACAGGAAGGAGCUGAUCGGCCAUGCACGCAGGGUGGGGCUGGUGGAGUGGCACCCCACAACUGCCAACAUUCUCUUCAGUGCUGGCUAUGACUACAAGGUGAUGGUGUGGAACCUGGACACAAAGGACUCUGUCAUUGCUGGGCCAGUGAAGACAAUCAACUGUCACCAAGAUAUGAUCCUCUCCAUGUCCUUUAACACCAACGGCAGCCUGCUGGCCACCACCUGUAAGGACCGCAAGAUUCGGAUUGUUGACCCCCGACUAGGGAUUGUCCUCCAGGAAGCCAGCUACAAGGGGCACCGUGCCAACAAAGUACUGUUUCUGGGGAACCUCAAGAAGCUACUAUCCACGGGUACCUCUCGCUGGAAUAACCGGCAGAUGGCCCUGUGGGACCAGGAAAACCUUUCUGUGCCCCUCACAGAGGAAGACCUGGAUGGUUCUUCUGGUGUUCUCUUUCCCUUCUUUGACUCGGACACCAGCAUGCUGUACAUUGUGGGGAAGGGAGAUGGGAACAUCCGCUACUAUGAGGUAAGCAUGGAGAAACCUCACCUGACCUACCUGACCGAGUACCGCUCCUACAACCCACAGAAGGGGAUCGGUAUCAUGCCAAAGAGAGGUCUCGAUGUGUCUUCCUGCGAGAUCUUCCGCUUCUAUAAACUGAUCACAACCAAAAGCCUCAUCGAGCCAGUGUCCAUGAUUGUACCCCGAAGGUCAGAAUCUUACCAAGAGGACAUCUACCCGCCCACUGCAGCGGCCCAGCCCUCCCUGACAGCUCAUGAGUGGCUCAGCGGGAUGAACAGAGGGCCUAUCAUGAUGUCCCUUAGACCCGGCUCCGAGCUGCUGGACUCCCAGACACUGCCUCCAGAGAGACCCCUCUCCAAUUCUAUGGUCCAAGUUUCACCUCAGCCCUUAGAACCCAUGAAACAGCCGGCCGAAGACGGUGACCAGGCGCCCUUCUCUCUACUGGAAGAGAAGGUACCAAAGUGGACCGCGGAGCAUCAUCUGGGAGAGAAGUCCUGCCUCACUAAUGGCUUUGAUGUUUUCAAAUGCUCCCCACCAAAGACAGAAAAUGAGCUGCUGCAGAUGUUCUACCGGCAACAGGAGGAGAUCCGGAGGCUCCGGGAACUGUUAAUCCAGAGAGAAGUCCAGACCAAGCAGCUGGAACUAGAAAUCAAAAACCUUCGGAUGGCUCUGAGCAGUGCUCUCCUCCACCCUUGCCCUCAGGGACACCAAUAGGCUCUGUGGAGAGAGAGAGGUCCAGCACCGAGCCGCAAUUCACUGAGAACAACCACUAUUUCUAUAGUUUAUACCAGUAAAACAAAACUCUCAGUUGCUGAAAGA